AUGGAAAGUAUACAGAAGGUAUCGCUGAAAGUUCAGUUUGGAGAUAUAGUAAAGAGACUAAUUUCUCAGGAAUAUACCUCAUUGCUGAAUCUGAGAUUUGCUGCAGAAAAUAGUUUUAAAGAACUUGAAGGAACUAUUUAUAAGCUAUCAUAUGUAAACUACUUAUACGGAAGCAACUGUAUUAAAUAUUUGUUAGAAGAAUCUGAUCUGGCAGCUCUUAUUUUUGAAGCUCAAGCUUUUCCUGAUAGAGUCAUUAAAAUUUUUGUGGAGAAAGAGGUUACACUAGAUGCUUUAUGCGAAGAUACUACUGAAAUUAAUAUUUCUGAGGAAGAAAAAGAUGGACUUGAAGAAUCUAAAACUUUACUAAAAAGAAGAAUUAAAGACAGCAACGAUAAAGAGCCAGAAGAAUCUCUUUUAAAACUUCAAACAACACCUACAGAUGAACAAAACCCCAAAAGAAAAAAUUCCAUCCUCCAGCUCAAAACCUCCCAAAAUCACCUCAAAACCCCUUCAACCUCCCUAGACCCCCUCAUUACCCCUACCCCAAAUCCCCUUCUCAGUCACCCUCCCACCACACUCUCCUCUCUCAACCCUUCUGCCCCCUCUCCCCUUCCCAACCCCAGCCUGCCUCCUAACCCUCUUCUGCAAUCCCUCCUCCAACUCCAGUGCGAUAUAUCCCAUUACCUCCUUCAAACUCCAUCCGCUCCACGCUCAGACUUGUUCAAUUUCCUCCUGCAGCACAUCCAAAAUUCCUCUCAGUCGCAAUCUCAAAUUCCAGAAAGCCCUUGCAGUCAAGAUCUCCCGGAACCUCAGAAUGAAAGAGAAAGUGAAGAGGAGGAGAUGGUACCGAAGAUUGAAAUUGUUAAAUAUGAGCAAGACUUGACAAGAGAAUGCGGGAAAAUUGGCUUGCUGAGUUUUAAUGUUGUCAAUAAAUGGACAGAAACGAUUGAAAUUAGUUCUGCUGUGGUUGUUGAUAAUGAUUUUCUUAUAGAAAUUGAGGACUGCCAGCUUGAUGUUAAAAUUGAGCCUAAUGGGGGACAGGCAAAGAUAUCUAUCCCUAUGAAGACCUCAUCUAUUAAAGGGACAUAUUUUGUGUAUCUAGCUCUAUUUUCAGAAGAGAUUGGAAUGAUAAGAGAUAACGAAGAAUUCAUAAUUAUUUGAGAUUAAGAUAUUCGACCGAUGACUGAAGCAGAAAUAAAUCGACCAUAAAAAUUUCAACC